GCGAAGCUUCGGCGUAAAAGGGUUAAUCCCGCGUUCUAACGAGGUCAUGUUUACAUACCGAAAACUCCCAGAUUCUAACCAUGUCCUAAGGGCCCGUCAUGUUUACAUACCGAAAACUCCCAGUUCUAAUAAAGUCCUAGGUCCCACAAGCGAGGCAAGUUUUAUUCAUACUUACUUAGGCGAAGCUUCGGUGUAA